GGCAGCGUGUGUCCGCGCUGACGCAGAAAGGCUGCCCCAUUGGGCCGCGCAGUCGGGACUCAGGCGGCUUUUCUCUUGGUGCUCAAGGUGCGGAGCCACUUCUCUUCCUCCAGCCGAGCGUUACCCUUCUUUCCGUAGUGCCAUCCUGAAGGAUCGGACUGAACUAGGCCGGGGAACUGCACUGAGCUCAGAGCCUGCUGUUGCCGCCCUCUCCCAGGCACGAUGACGACCCUGGAUGAUAAGUUGCUGGGGGAGAAGCUGCAGUACUAUUAUAGCAGCAGUGAGGAGGAGGACAGCGACCACGAGGACAAGGACGGAGGCAGAGGUGCCCUGGCUGGCGGUUCCACGCCCGCAGACGCGGACUUGGCAGGCGAAGGCAUCUCAGUUAACACAGGUCCAAAAGGCGUGAUCAAUGACUGGCGCCGCUUCAAACAGCUGGAGACAGAGCAGCGGGAGGAGCAGUGCCGGGAGAUGGAGAGGCUGAUCAAGAAGCUGUCCCUGAGCUGCAGGUCCCAUCUGGACGAAGAGGAGGAGCAGCAGAAGCAGAAGGACCUCCAGGAGAAGAUCAGUGGGAAGAUGACUCUGAAGGACUUGACCGUGAUGAACGAGGACCAGGACGAUGAGGAGUUCCUGCAGCAGUACCGGAAGCAGAGGAUGGAAGAGAUGCGGCAGCAGCUCUACCAGGGGCCCCAGUUCAAGCAGGUUUUUGAGAUCCCCAGCGGAGAAGGGUUCCUGGACAUGAUCGACAAGGAGCAGAGGAGCACCCUCAUCAUGGUCCACAUUUACGAGGACGGCAUCCCGGGGACCGAAGCCAUGAACGGUUGCAUGCUCUGCCUGGCGGCAGAGUACCCGGCCGUCAAGUUCUGCCGGGUGAGGAGCUCGGUGAUCGGGGCCAGCAGCCGCUUCACCAGGAAUGCCCUCCCUGCCCUGCUCAUCUACAAGGGGGGUGAACUGAUUGGCAACUUUGUCCGUGUCACUGACCAGCUGGGGGAAGAUUUUUUUGCUGUGGACCUUGAGGCUUUCCUCCAGGAGUUUGGAUUGCUCCCAGAAAAGGAAGUUUUGUUGCUAACCUCUGUGCGUAACUCUGCCACCUGCCACAGUGAGGACAGUGAUUUAGAAAUUGAUUGACCAUCUGGGCCGGUGGCAUAGACCUCUCAUGGUUUGGGCUGGGAGACACAUGUUCGCGUGUUUAUUUUCAUUCUUUUGUGUGAUCUUCCGGCUUUUCCCCCUUUUCUUCAUAGUCCCUUCUAUGAUAUGUCAGGUCAAGAAAUUCUCCGAUCAAAUCAGCGUGCUGAAUCACCUUGUGGUUCCCCAUGAAGUGACUUAACAUUGUAUAAACAGGAAGCCAGGCUUUUCCACUGUUUACUUAAGAUCCUCUAGCGUGACAUCUCUGUUAUUGUUUCCAGUCAAUAUUUACAUAGCAUCCUAAAGACAGUGUCGUGGAAAUUGUCUUCAGAUGGUCUCAGAGGUCUCUUUGCCAGGUCCGGGAGUAUAAUCCUAUAGUUAGUGUGUUAUUUGCAACAUAAAUACUACAUUUCCUUCAUCAAUGAUCAUAUUAUAUUCACGUGUAAUCAGACUCAUCACCAUAAAGGGCAGUUAAAUUUUUUAACCCUAAGACCCUGUUCUCCCUAGGGUCUUGUUUAAAGGUUCUGGACCACAUAUGUUUGCCCCAUCAACAGGGGUGACCUUUGCUGCUGGAGUCGAUGUCCUGCUCAGGUGUUGUUAACUCUACAGUAGGAAGGAAGGAUAGAAAUGGGCUUUCCUCUUGAUGCCGGAAAAUCAGCUUGACUUAAAAAUUAGAGCUGGGAUGGAGCUGGGAAGCAUUUUUAAAGAAAGAUCUUUCAAUAAGAUACCCCUGCUCACCUUUUCUCUGUUUCUCUUUUAUUUAACAAGGUAAAAAUUUUUUUUUAUUUGUUUAAUGUAGCUUUUGUUAAUUUUUUUAAAUAUUGGAAAAGUAACCAAUAUUUAAGAAAGGAAAAUUUACCAAAAUACAGAAGCAAAAAAAAGAAAAUUAGAAUACUCUCUAACCUUACUACCUAGGAUAAAACACUAUUAAUAUUUUGGGAUAUUUCCUUCCAAGGUGUUUUCUUUGUAUACACAGACAUUUUGUGUGUUUAUUGUUAAAACAAUGGGAUCAUUCUGAACAUACUGUUUUAUAGUAUGGUCAGCUAAUAUAUCAAAUGUUUUUCUGUGUUAGUAAAUACUCUUUUACAACAUUUUAAAGUUGCUGUUUAUUCCAGUGUAUAGAUGUGCUGUAAUUUGCUGGUGGUUGUCUCUUAAAAACAACCUUUUAAGAGGUAGUUCCUCUUAAAAAGGAAAACAGCAAAGACUUUUUAUUCAAAAAGUAAUUGAUGUUCAUUGUAGAAAAUGUAACAAUAAUUGUUAAACUAAAAAGAUGUAAAAAGCCUUAUAAUUCCACCAACCAAAAAUAAUCCCUGUUAUCAUUUUACAGGUAUCUUGCUGGUCUUCUUUCUGUGUGUUUAUGAUAAUGAUUGUCUUUUGAGUUUUUUUCCUCUUACUUUUUUACUUUGAACUAUGUACAUUGUAGGGUCAGGAAAAAUAUAAUCUGUUAAUUAAAUGUUAGCUUUAAAGUUCAGUUUUGCUUUUCCUGGCUUUUUAGGAAUUGACUAACUGUAAUAGGGUCUUGACAGUAUCUCUUGUAGUUAACCAGAAAAAGAAACUGCAUGGUGUUUUUUUUAAUUAAAAAAAGCUUAUUGUAGAAAGUAUUUGGGAAGUAUAGAAAUUAGAAACAGAGACAGCUAUUGUCAAUGUUCUUGUUUAUUUCCUUCCAGCUUUUUCAAUAUUUUUAGUAAUAUUGAGAGCUUAUUGAAUUUAAUUCUAUGUUUUGUUUAACUUAAUGUUGUAUCAUAAAUGCUUUGACAUGUUAAAUUCUAAAUAAAUAACUUUUAAUGGC